AUGGUAGUCUCUGCGACCUUGUUGAAGGCCAUUGUGACCUAUGUGCUUAUGGACAAGCAAGUCGACCUCGUGAUGCUAGGUCUGAGCGGGAACCGUGUGCGCAGCUCUUGCAAAUGUGAGAAUGAAUACUGUCAACGAUCGAGUCUUGGGGUGAAUCCAAUGGACUGGCAAUAA